AUGUUCAUCCUGAAGCCUUCAUGGCUGCGCCAUAGUGGAGAGCAGAAGGAUUUUGAGGUGUACAGCUGCCAUAUAUCGCCCGAUGGCUCGAGACUUGCCACCGCUGGUGGAGAUGGUCACGUCAGGGUCUGGUCGACCGAAGCUAUCUUCGACUCCGAGAACCCGGAUAGUAGCAAACCGCGCCAACUUUGUCAUAUGAGCCACCACCUGGGCACGAUCCAUUCCGUCCGCUUCUCGCCCAACGGCCGCUACCUUGCCUCGGGCGCCGACGACCGAGUCAUCUGCAUCUACCAGCUCGAUCGCAACCCGCCGUCGCACGCAGCUAGUUUUGGAACCAACGAACCCCCGCCGAUCGAAAACUGGAAAACGCACAAGCGCCUCGUGGGCCACGACAGCGAUGUCCAGGAUCUCGCCUGGUCGUACGACAACUCGAUUCUCGUCUCGGUUGGGCUCGACUCGAAGGUGGUGGUGUGGUCAGGACAUACUUUUGAGAAAUUGAAGACGAUCGCCGUCCACCAGAGCCACGUCAAGGGCAUCACGUUUGACCCGGCAAACAAGUUUUUCGCGACCGCCGGCGACGACCGACAUAUCAAGAUCUUCCGCUUCACCCCUCCGCCGCCGAAUGCGACACAGCAUGACAUGGUCAACAACUUUGCGCUCGAGAGCACGAUCAGUGCGCCGUUCAAGAGCUCCCCGCUCACCACGUACUUUCGGAGAUGCAGUUGGUCUCCGGACGGCAAUCAUAUUGCGGCGGCCAACGCCGUCAACGGGCCCGUGAGCAGUGUGGCGAUCAUAGAGCGUUCUCGGUGGGACAGCGAGAUCAACCUCAUUGGGCACGAGGGGCCGACCGAGGUCUGCAUGUUCUCUCCCCGGUUAUUCCACACGCAGCAGCCGAGCGAGAAUGGAUCGGCCAAGGCGUCGUCCAACCUCGUGACAGUUAUUGCCUCGGCCGGGCAGGACAAGACGCUGAGCAUCUGGAACACCAACACCUCGCGGCCGGUUGUGAUCUUGCAGGAUAUAGCAUCUAAGUCCAUAUCCGAUUUGGCGUGGACGCCUGAUGGCCAGACGCUGUUUGCCUCGAGCUUGGACGGCACGAUCCUGGCCGUCAAGUUUGAGACGGGGGAGCUUGGGUGGGUGGCCACAGCGGAAGAGAAUGAUAAGGCUCUGCAAAAGUACGGCGGGUCGAGAAAGGGGAUGGGGACGGCCGAGGAUGUCGACGGGUUGCACCUGGAGAACCACAGCAAGGAAGGAGAGCGUCGGGGGGCUGAGUCGAGGAUGGGCGCUCUUAUGGGAGACUUUCAACAGGAAGUCAAGGGGCAGCCGGUAACAACAAACGGGGUAAAGCCGACGGUCAAAAACGGGGAGACCAACGGGACCACCGAGCCAAAGGCAAAAGAGACCCCAAAAGCCAAGCCGUCGGAAGAAAACACAGAAAAGGCGGCGGAAAGGAUAGCGGAACUCAAGUCGCGGGUGCAAGUGACGAAAGAUGGCAAGAAGCGGGUGGCCCCGUUACUUGUGUCGUCGUCUGCCACUGGUCUCUUGUCGCUGCCCCAGUCAGAGCUGGUCGGAACAAAAUCAACAACCAAGGCAGCUACGAACGAUACGCCCCAAACAAUAUUGGAUUUGUCGAAGCCGUUUCACGGCCUGCCUCGAGGUGGCAUUGCUGCGAUGCUCCUGGGUAACAAGAGGAAGGCCGCUGCGAUCGAAGGAGAGGAGGACGAAGAGCUCACAACCAAGCGGCCCUCAGCUGGCCCUGUGCCGAUUCUCGUUGAUACCCCUGAAGGGUUGGAACCAGUACCGCUAACGGCCUCGGCGCAGGGCCUUGCGCCCACGCCGGAAUUCCUCCGGCCGGCCGUCAUCAGCCCUGCGAUUUUGAUGUCUCAGGUGCGCCUGGCCGUGCCCAAGGUACGGUCCCACAUCGUCAGACCGCUCGAGAAGGGCGUGCUCCAGGGAGAGUCGACCCUAGACGAAGCGUCGAAAGCACCCGAGAAUACCAUCCUCGAGGCCAAGAACCCGAUCAAACCGCGCGAGCCUUCCCACAUCACCGCGUCCAAGCGCGGCGCCCUGCUCUGGCAGGACUUCCUCCCACGAGCUAUCGUCCUCGUGACAGGCAACAAACACUUCUGGGCAGCCGCCUGCGAAGACGGCUCCCUGCAUACCUGGACAGCCGCCGGGCGCCGGCUCCUGAACGGCAUCAUCCUCGAAUCCCAGCCCGUGAUCCUCGAAUCCCGCGAGCACUGGCUCCUCUGCAUCACCUCCGUCGGCCUCUGCCACGUCUUCAACGUCAAGACCAUGUCCGCCGCGCACCCGCCCGUCUCCCUCGCGCCCGUGCUCGAUAUCGCCAUCACCCCUCUUUCCCCAGAAGGCGUCGUCACCCCGGGCCCCGGCGUAACCUCGGCACACCUCAACAGCGCGGGCGCCGUGGUCGUCACGCUCAGCAACGGCGACGGGUUUUACUACUCGUCCUCCAUGUACGCCUGGCAGCGCCUGUCCGAGAGCUGGUGGGCGCUAGGCAGCCAGUACUGGAACAGCAACGACUCGUCCAUCUCAGCACUCUCCUCCACCGCCGUCGGGCCGACCGCCUCCUCCUCAGAAAAGAAAACAACCACCAUAACAACCACCACCGAGACCAACGUCUCAGCAGGCAUCAUCCCCUUCCUCGAGCGCCACACAACCGCCGAAUUCCUCCUCAAAGGCCGCGCCUACACGCUCCAGCGCCUCAUCAAAACGCUGCUGUCCAAGGACGGCUUCGAAGGGUUCGAGAGCACCGUCAGCGUGGCACAUCUCGAGAACCGCAUGGCGGGGGCCCUGGCGUUGGAGGCGCGUGAGGAGUUUCGGUUGUAUUUGUUUAUGUAUGCGAAACGGAUUGGGGCGGAGGGGUUGAGGGGGAAGGUGGAGGAGUUGUUGAAUUGUUUGGUUGGGGGAGUUGUUGUGAGGGAGAGGGAGAAGGGGGGGAGUAGUGGGGAAGGAGAGGGGAAGGGGUGGUUUGGGAAGGGGGAGACGUUGGGGGGGUGGGAGAGGAGGGAGUUGUUGAGGGGGGUUGUGUUGAUUUUGGGCAAAUUCCGCGACCUCCAACGCCUAACAGUCCAAUAUGCCCGCAUUCUCGGCCUCACGGCGGACGGCGAAGAGGAAGAGGAAGAGGAGGGCGGAGGUGCAGGGCAAAAUGGUGCUGCUGCGGAUGGAAUGGAUGUGGAGGAGUAA